CAGAAUCUCUAGUAACCUGAUCUAUUUUAACUUUAUGAAACAAAGUAGGUACUGAGUACUUUAAAUAUAUACAAAUAGUAAUUAAUGUUCCUAAACGACUGGACUGAUUUAAAUAUCUUGAAAGGUUAUAAGAACACUAAAAACUGUUACUUAUUAAUUACAUAGUGUGAUGUUCUUGUUCAUAUACCUAGAAGUUUUCUUGUUUGUCCUAUUUUCAACCGUUAGACAACUAUCUCGCUUCGCAGACCAUGAUAAUCUGUCACCAGUCAGUUCUCAUCCAAACAGUCGAUCUGUGUGCAUCAUGCUAGUAUUCCCCAAAUUCAUAUAUUUCACUGUAAUAGUUCAUUUCACAUUCGCUGAUAUGACCACAGAAGAGAUUCAAGUCCUCAAUGAACUGCCUAUAGAUAAACUUUUAAGAAUAAAGAAUUCAUUAAAAGAAGUAUCAAAUACGGAUAACAUUACUACAACCGAAUCAACGUUUGAAAACUUCGGAGCUCAAGCAAUGGCGAUGCGAUCGCCUGUAAAGCGUACAGAUUACGAAGACGGAUAUAAAAAAGAAGUCAGUAAAAUAAGUAAUAUAUUCUCGAUGUCGGUGACUACUUUAGCUUUUCUUGCAUUUGGUGGAUACUUACUCUGUUUGAUCGUGCAAGCUGUGAAGUCCAAGCAUUCGUAUAGUUCUAAUGUACCGCAAUCAACGUUUGUUUUAAAUGCAGGGAUAAAACGACCUCAAACAUUCGCGUCGUACGGCAGAAGGAAAAGAGAAACUGAAGUGCCAAAUGAAAUUGAUUUACCGCCUGAACAAUUAUUCUCAGCUUUGAUACAAGUAUGUGAAGGAUAUGCUAAAUGGAAUAGAAACGAUUAA